CUGUGUUGUCCGUCGCCAUUCUGCUGUUUUUCAGAGGCUUUACUGUUUCUGCUGAAGGCGACUGUGAAGGGAUAACGAGCUCUUCAUAACAUGUAUGUUUGGUCGUACACCAUGAUAUCAUGAGGGAGAACCAGCCAUGUUCAGGUGAAGAUGAUUAACCUGUCUAGUAUUAUGUGAAUGAAUUUGAGAAUAACAAACCAUAACAAAUAUUUUCCUUGUAACAAACAUAGGGUUAAAUUGUGAAACUCACAAAAUAUAUAUUAAAAGCUUCAGUAGGCAGUAUAUUUUUGGCAUCAUUUGGCAAAAAUCCCAUAAUAACCUUUCAGCAUAUUGUAAAUAAAGAGCCUGUUUUCACACACUGUGAAAUGUAUUUUUUUGUCCACAAAUGAUCAGACUUGCUGAGCAGCGUGCUCAGCCUCUACUAACAGUGAACUGGUCUGCAGUGUGUGUGGACUUCCUUUACAGACUCUAUGGCAGUCUGACCUCGGCCCACAGAGAACUCACUCCGUCUCUGGUGGAGGACGAGCUGAUCCGGGCCUGCACCUCCGCCCAGGGGAAGGAGGCGAGGCUGUGUUACUACCUCGGAGCCAGCAGCGAUGCAGCAACCCGCGUCACAACAUCAGUGUCUCGACCUCUGGCCUCCCACGUCCCCGUUGAGAAGAUCUGCCAGCGCCUCAGCAGCUCCGACACGCAGAUCUGCCAGCUCAGAUACGAGCCUCAGCUGAAGGAUCUGAGCAGCGACGGGCUCAACAAGCUGAGAGUCUUGGAGCUGAGGAACAUUUUAGCCUCGUGGGGAGAAGAGUGUCGAGGCUGUCUGGAGAAACACGAGUUUGUCAGCCUCAUCCAGGAGAAAGCACCGAUGCAUGCUCACAGUAUGGAACUAUGAAUAAUAAUAAUAAUAAUAUCCUCUCCACCCAACCAUCCACACAGCAUAACGUCUAUUCACUCUUGUAUUGUAAAUUGUUUUUGAGUUUGAAAUUUGCAGUAAAGUUAAAAGUUGUUGUUUGAUUCACAUCCAA